GUUAAUCAUAAAAUUGUCUCUCCUAUAAAUAUAAGAAAAAGGUGUCCAUUUUGUAAAAAAAUAAGCUAUUCAAAAGAAUCGCUCUUGGUAUACACACCAAAAAGAAUUUUAAUUCCGAGUAUUUAGUUAAAUAAUAUCAAGUUUAAAUAAAAAACUAUUUUUUCAAAACAAUAAAAGCUCGGUUUUUACAAUCUGUAGUGGAAGCCAGGAGCUUAAAAACAGCGACAACAACUUUUAAAUUCUUUUUGAUAAUUGUUAAAACAACCCUUCAUCACCUUUUGGAUAAUCUAGAAGAACAACAUCUGGCCGAUAUAACGUAAGUCCUAAUAUCAUGGAUUCUUCAUAUUCCUUACAGGGUCAACCACCAAACCUUCACCAAAUACAAAACCCAACCACAGAAUCUUCUAUCAUCUGCAAAACAUGUCAAAAAUCAUCAGACAACAAUAGCGCCAUAUUUUGCGAUAAAUGUAAGUCAGCAUUCCAUUUAAUAUGUGCCAACGUAGAUAAUAGCCAACCUCAACGAACAUGGCUUUGCCAGAACUGUUCUACACAACAACAAAUAUCAUUUGAUUCACCUCGUUCCGUUCGUACCUGCUCCUCAAACUCAUCACGUGCAUCCCAUUCCCGUACACAUGCCUUAGAACUUCAACGCCUGCAGGAAGAAACAAAUCUUGAAAGAGAAUUUAUUCGGAAAAAAUACCAAAUUCUUGUACAGGCAAAUGAAGACGAUGGUGAUAUGCCGUCAGUAUCAAAUUCCGUACAUGAGUGCCUAAAGGAACAACAGGAUCGUACUGAACAUCACACAAGAUCUGAAAAACAAAAUUUUAAUGAAACAACAUAUUUUGCAUAUCCCGAACGAACUGCAGUAUCAACUUUACCUAUCACAACUUUAUUUACCCAGCCAACAUAUGACAAUAACAACACAGCAUCGAACUGUUCAACGUUUAUUAAUAAUCCAUCUCAAAAUAAUGUAUAUACUUCAAGACAAAGAAUAAAUGACAUUUUAAAUAAUAAUUCAAACAUUGAAAUUCAAACUCAAGUGCAACCAGAGCCAAAUGUUCCCUUUACAGGUCCAGCGUUUCCCGUACACCCAUAUGUAUCCUGUCCAAAUAUGGACUCAUCUCAUUAUACUACAACAAAUCAACAAACACGAUCAGCUCCGCCAAUGGAUUUUCGUUACAAUGAACCUACGUUUCAUAUGCACCCAUCGUCUACCUUAAGGUCAAAUAACCUCACACACCAACAAAUGAAUACACGGCAAACUGUGCCAAAAGAUUUACCGACGUUUACGGGCUUGCCUGAAGAAUGGCCACUCUUUAGCUCAACAUACAAUUGGUCCACCAAUAUUUGUGGCUUAACAGAUGCAGAAAAUUUGGUUCGGCUACAAAGAGCAUUACGUGGAGAAGCUUUGCUAUCUGUCCAGCAUAUUUUAAUUCACCCCACUUGUGUACCAGCCGCUAUGUCAACUUUAAAACUGCUUUACGGCCAACCCGAAAAAAUAUUAAGUUCUCUGAAAAACAAAAUAAAAUUACUGCCUGCUGUAAACUCAAACAAAUUACACACAAUUACUUCUUUCGCAGUUGAAGUUAAGGGUUUGGAAACAACAAUUAAGGCUUCUGGUUUAUUAGAUGAGCUUAAUAACUCUUCACUAUUGCAGGAAUUAAUUGUCAAAAUGCCAUCUUAUUUUCAGUUGAACUGGGGCUCACACAAAACAGAAUUGAUAAAGAAAAAUAAAAAGGUAAAUUUAACAGAAUUUGCAGACUGGAUUUAUAACGUAGGAAUAUCAGCAAGCAGCGUAAAUGUUGAGAGUAACAGUAGUAUAUUGACGUUGCACAGUGGGGCAGAAUGGAAAUUUUUUGGAAAUAAAUCUGGCAUUUCUAAACGGCUGAUCCGAUCGGGAUAAAAUUUGGCGUGAGCG